GACUCUGACAUAAGUCACAACGGCAGCUGUUCCUAUUGAUAGUGUCAAAAACACCGCGCGCACAGUAUGGGUAUUUAAAACUCAUUAGAUACUAAAAUAAUAUAUUUUUUUACAUUUGUUUUAAAUACCCAGUAACUAUGUUCGCCAAACCAUAUAAAUUAAAAUCAAACAACACAUUAAAAAACUCAGGGAAAAAACAACUUGCGCAACGUAUACAGUAUGAGUUUCCGGCAAUUACUGAAGAAAAAGUCAAGGAAUUGAUUCCGAACAAGUCAAAUGUUAGUUAUAUGGAGGUGGUGCUACACUCCGGUGACACUGCAGGAGUGUACGUGGUGGACGGAGUACCAGUUAUGAUAGAUCUCGGUGAAAGCUUGCUCCCAACUGUCUGUGCUCUAUGGAAAGCCCCAGAUUUGGUGCCAAUCAUUUGUAUACACACCCCAGUUCUAAGUAAGAUCCAAGGAGGGGCCCCUCUCUAUGUUCCUGGUGUAAACACACAUGGUCAGUUCCCCCAGUACCGUUCAGGGGCAGUAGUGGCCGCUUGCACAGGAGACAAUGCUGCUGCCUGUAUUGUUGGACGAGCCACAAUAUCCUCUGCUGAACUAUUGAGAGACAGAAUGGGUGUUUGUCUGGAAAUCCUCCACGUAUUUGGGGAUCAACUGUGUAAAGAAAAGAAAUUCAUGAGAAUAGAGAGACCCAAACUAGAUCCAGCGAGCUACAAUGUAACAGAACUAUUGACAAACGAGAUCAACAAGUUAAACAUUCAACCAGUGAAAGAGGAAUGGCCAAGUCUCGUGAAGGCGGAGUCUUCACCCAUCAAUGAACCUGCGGUCAUAGCAGACUCAGGGCCUGAAACAAUUACAAAUGUGGCACAAGACGAGGAGAAUAAUGACCUCGAUAAUACAGCAGACUCAGAGCUGUCACGUGAAGACUCCAUCCCGAGUGAUAUGGACGGUCUCCUUCGUUGGUGUUUACUUUCAUUUCUGAAACUGGAGGCUAAACACAUUGAACUGCCGCUGAAGACGAACUUACUAUACAAGAACCACCUCAUGCCGCUGUGUCCGUCCGACCGAACCUUAGAUGUUAAGAAGUCGAGCUUCAAGAAGAUGGGGAAGUUCCUGGAAGCCAUGCAACGGGAAGGCCUCAUCGAAGUGCGCGAGAUAGAGAAGGGCGUGGACGCCCUAGUGUCCGUGGCGACCUCUCACCCCCUGGUGACGUCACACCGCGCGGUCAGGCCGAGGGCGGCGGAGGCGGGCGGGGGGGAGCGGGCCGCGGAGGACGACUACGUGCCGCCCACCAUCAGGGAACUGUACUGUAUCACGGCCAACGUCGUGGACCUGUUCCAACCUCUCAAGAAGGGCACGCCGCUGUCGGCGGGCGAGGUCCGCGCCACGCUGACGGAGUACAUCAAGAGCCACGAGCUGGUCGCGCCACAGGCCCGCGGCUCGGUCGUACUGGACGGACUGCUCGCUAAGGUCACCGGGAAACGGCCGGAGUGUGAGCGUCACGUGUUGUACCAGGAGGUGAUGAAGCGCGAGGAGGUGACGUCAUGUGUCCUGGGGCGGAUGACGGCCGCCACUGAGACGCGCUUCGCCGACGGCACUCUGCGCCUCAGUAAGGUGCGCCUGCAACCAGUCAGCAUGCAGGUCGUCAUGCGCAGCGGAAACAAGAAGGUGACCCUGGUGUCCAACCUGCAAGACUACGGUCUAGACCUGUCCUGCUUGGCCCGCCAGUGGCAGGCCGGGGUGGGAGCGGCCUGCGGGGUCACGCGCUCAGCCGCCAGCAAAAAUGACCAACUCAUGAUACAGGGGGAUCAGACUCAUUUUGUGGCAAAGAUGCUGAUAGAGAAGUAUGGGCUGCCCAAGAAGUUCCUUGAGGGAGCCGACAAGGCCUUGAAUAAGAAAAAGUAAACUUGUUGCUAUUGUAUUUGUUGAUGAAUAAAACACUCCAAGGUUUUCCUUAA